UACUAGUGGACAAUCAAACCUACACACCCACCUCCAGACACACUCGCAUUUCUCAUUUCUUACUUCUAGUCUAAAUUAGAUAGCAGGACGUAGUGUCCGACCUCACAGAUCGCCGAUAGUUAGUUAAAAGCCUUAUCUUUAGUUUGAUAGUGAAUCUGAAGCAGGAGAGAGAAAUCAACAUGGAGUCCCCUCCAGAUCCAGCGAGCGACCCGGGCAACAGCGCCUCGGAGCCGGCUACCCCGGUCAGGGAAACCCCGGUAAACCUGGAGACGCUCCGAAAAGCGGAGCAUCCAGCCCCGGUUCGGAAGCAGAGCUGCUCCAGCACCAACAGAGGUAUCUCAGUCACAAAGAAGACACACACUUCUCAAAUCGAAAUAAUUCCCUGCAAGAUCUGUGGAGACAAAUCAUCAGGCAUCCAUUACGGUGUGAUAACAUGUGAAGGCUGUAAGGGCUUCUUCAGGAGGAGUCAGCAAAGCAAUGCAGCGUACUCCUGCCCUCGUCAGAAAAACUGCUUGAUCGACCGCACCAGCCGCAACCGCUGCCAGCACUGCAGGCUGCAGAAGUGCUUGGCAGUGGGAAUGUCACGAGAUGCGGUGAAGUUUGGCCGAAUGUCAAAGAAGCAGCGAGACAGCCUGUAUGCUGAGGUCCAGAAGCACCGGCUGCAGCAGCAGCAGCGAGACCACCAACAGCAGCCUGGAGAGGCAGAGCCACUCACACCUAGCUAUGGUCUCUCAGCCAACGGCCUAACGGAGCUACACGACGACCUCAGCGGCUACAUGGACGGCCACACUCCUGAUGGCAGCAAGCCCGACUCUGCGGUCAGCAGCUUCUACCUGGACAUCCAGCCAUCCCCUGACCAAUCAGGCUUAGACAUCAACGGUAUAAAGCCAGAGCCCAUCUGCGACUUUGCCCCCGGCUCUGGCUUCUUUCCCUACUGCUCCUUCACCAAUGGCGAGACGUCUCCCACCGUUUCUAUGGCUGAACUAGAGCACCUGGCCCAGAACAUCUCAAAGUCACACAUGGAGACAUGUCAGUACCUGAGAGAGGAGCUGCAGCAGAUGACCUGGCAGGCUUUCCUUCAGGAGGAGGUGGAGAGCUACCAGAGCAAGCCCCGGGAAGUCAUGUGGCAGCUGUGUGCUAUCAAAAUAACGGAGGCCAUUCAGUAUGUGGUGGAGUUUGCCAAGCGCAUCGACGGCUUUAUGGAGCUGUGUCAGAACGAUCAGAUAGUGCUGCUGAAAGCAGGCUCUCUGGAAGUUGUGUUUGUCAGAAUGUGCCGUGCCUUUGACUCGCAAAACAACACCGUCUAUUUCGAUGGAAAAUAUGCCGGACCUGAUGUGUUCAAGUCAUUAGGCUGUGACGACUUGAUCAGCUCCGUCUUCGAGUUUGGGAAAAACUUGUGUUCUAUGCACCUGUCUGAGGAUGAGAUCGCCCUGUUCUCUGCCUUUGUGUUGAUGUCUGCUGACCGAUCCUGGCUGCAGGAGAAGGUGAAAGUUGAGAAACUCCAGCAGAAGAUCCAACUGGCCCUUCAGCAUGUUCUGCAGAAGAACCACAGAGAGGAUGGUAUUCUCACAAAGUUGAUAUGCAAAGUGUCGACACUGCGAGCGCUGUGCAGUAGGCAUACAGAGAAGCUCACGGCUUUCAAAGCAAUAUACCCAGACAUUGUGCGUGCCCACUUCCCCCCCUUAUAUAAGGAGCUGUUCGGAUCAGACUUUGAGCAGUCCAUGCCCGUCGAUGGGUAACAGGCUCCGCCCCCCCAGGUGCUGGUGCGCCCACUGUUUGGGGGGAAGGGAGAUGUUGGCCAUGGAGGAGGAAUCUGAGACACUUUACUGGUGCCCUGCACAAGACCGGAGCGGACAGAUGGCACGCUGUUCAACUUUUUCCCCCCCCUUUUUUCCCCUUUUAAUUUUUGUUUUUGCAGUGGAGGGGCGGGUGCAUUGGCUAGCUAAUUGUCAAGGUUUACUUUGUGUAAUUUAGGUUUCGCAAGAAGAUGCAACUGAACUCCAGCGAGACAUGAAGAGGAGAUGGGAACAAAUAAUUUCUGUUUGGCUGAACUUGGCCCUUUAAUGCACUUUUUUAAAGGAAAACAAAACAGUUUCACCUGUGUUGUUUGCUUUUAUUAUGAUGCAGGAGUAUAACGACACUUAAAAGAUGACCUCAGCAGUAUUAUCACCCAGGUUUGCACUCCUUAAAUGAUUUUUUUUAGUGUUUUCACAAUUAAACCUUUCAUCUUUAUAAUACCUGACUCCCCGACCGAAUUUAAGUCUCCUACAAAAUGUGCACACUUUGGUCAAGUUCAGCCGUUUUACCUGUUCUCUUUUUUUUUUUGGUUUGUUUUUGUUUUGGAAGCAGCGCUCGAAAUGAAAACUCACAGCAACUCUCUUGGAGGUUCCGUCGGCAUGGUGAUGCAAUCGGCGCCUCUUUAAGGACAAUCGUUUAAAAUGGAACAAAAAAAAAAAGGAAGACUAGAAUUCUGGUAAUUCUUAUAAAACACAAUGAUUUUAGCUGUCAAGGACUCCAUCCACCAUUGUUGCAUAGUGAAAAUCAUGUAAGGCCAUCUGCUAUUAAUCCUUCUCUGGAAAGAUGCCCUGAAGAAGCCCAGGGUACCAACGCAAUGAAAAGGCUCCAUUCCACCUGUUUUAUAAUGUACUACAGGGUAUAUGGUCAUAAGUACUUACUAUACAGAAAAAAAUAAUGUUUAUAGAAUCUAUUUUAAAUAACAUGUAUGAUAUUCGUAGUUAGACCAUUCUUAAUUGUUGAAUUGAUAAGGCACUUUUAUUUACACCUUUGUUUAAUUUAAGACUUGUAUAUUUACCUAGUGAUGUGUUGCAUGUGCGCAAGAAGUACAAGCUGAAUCAUAGUCACAGAGGUUACUCUUGGGAGCUAUGGGUGUUAUUGGUCUGGAAGUGUUCUGAGGCUGGUGGGGGGGGAUCAGGGGGUUCUGUUAGGAUGACCCAUGCUGCUGCUGGACGCACAUGAAUGAGGCACGGAUUAGGAGGCAAACUAAAGACGCUCUAUCUUUUUUUCUGAAACGGCUACAACAGUGCUGCAUAUUUUCAGUAGGAAGGUGCACAGAAAUUAAGAUUCUGAUUACCCCUAAUAAUGUGUCUAAAACCUGAAUAAUAAAAAAAAAACCUUGAGGCAGAGACGUUUGCAAUUUACAAAAUUAUAUACAUUUAUAUGUUUUUAUUUGAAUUCCAGUUUGACAGAAUUCGGAUAGCAGAAUAAAAACACAAAAAAUACUUUGAUUUUUUUUGCCAUGUGAUUCAACAUGAAGAAAAACACAUUUAGAUUGCAAUCCUACUGUUCCACCUAGUGGAAGUUUGAAAUAAGACAAGCGAGUAUUGCAGAGGUGACAUUACUACUGUACCCUUAAAAGCAUGCCUAUUGCAGGCUGCUAAAAAUGAAUACACCUUGAACUUAUUAUAUAUGUAGCAUUUUAUCAAGUAACAACCUUUUGGUAUAAUCCUGUAUUUUAUUGGGAUUUUAUGUAAUAUGCAAGCACAAAUAGCAUUUAAUGGUGGAAGGAAAGGAAACUAAUGCAUGUUUUUCCUUUGUUUUUGUUUUAUUUAUUUAUUUUUGCACAAAAUGCCAAAAAGUGUGGUACCCAAGACUUUAAUAGCAUUUGGAAGUAUUUUGAAAUACUAUCCUUCUUUGCAAGCUCAGGCACCAUUAAAAUGGGCCAAGUUUUGCCACAGAUUUUUAAUUGGAUUAAUUUAGACCUGUACUUUAAAUAGGCCUUUUUACCAAUUGAAAUAUGCUCAUUAUAAACGUUUAAAUUAAAAGCAGGGUCCUGCUUAAAGGGGGGUAUUGUUCUGCUGGAAGGUCAGAAGCUUUUACUAACAUGUCUCAUUUGUCUUUAGAUGAGGAUUUUAUUUUUCACAAAGCUAGACUUCCAAAGUAAAAACUUUAUUAUGUGGAAUUUAUAUAGAAAGAUUUUUGAAGGAAAUUGGUUGCAAUGGAUUUAAUUUCAGUGUACUAGAGCUAUGAAAUCAGGUGCUAAAGCAGGCCACACUGUUCAGAUUUUUCUUUCUAAACAAAGCUUAAAGGCUUAUUCUUUCCCUGCAUCAUUAUUUAAUAACUGAUCUCCCAGAUAAAAUCCCAACAAAACAGGUUGGAGGUCUUGGUUCUAACUUGAAAAAUUAAAAGUUAGAGAGGUAUGAAAACUUUUUUUUUACGGCACUAUAAAGGUAUAUUUGAAACGGCAUUGAUUUUUUUCCCCCCUUUUUAAUAUGAGUGUAUUUUUGCCUUCUUACCAUAGCCUCGGCGUGGCAGCAGCUUAAAAGGACACAGACGAUAAACAGUGAAGGGAAAGUGAAUAUUCAAAGCCUUGUCUGGUAGUAAAGCUUCUAUUUUUGUAAAUUGUUUUGGUUUAACAAACCCACGAAAGAGGAUGAGGAAGAGGAAAAAAGAUGUCAGGUAGCACUUAACUGUAUCCCUGCAAUAAUUAAGACUAGCUGUUGUUUAUAUGAUUAGGAGGGGGAAGUUUAAAAAAAAAAAACAGAAAAUGGCAGGACAAGUGCUAUUUUCAGAACGCUUUGUUGUUGUGCUUCUGUUUUUGUCAAGUGUGUCUUUCUUGUCAGUGUGGCGGUAAACGUGGUAAAAGAAAAAAAAAUUGUAGAAAAAAAAAAACCCUGGAUGUGCCAAACUGUAGUCGUCGCUUCCGCUUUCCAGUCUACUUGGUUAAAACGUAGAAUGGAUUCUGAAGACAUUCCAGCAAUCUCAGUAGCAGCUUCUUGAGUAACUUUAAAA